AUUGAGAGCACCGUGUAGCGCACAGACGUAUGCUGGUGCUGUGUUAGUGGCUGAUUUAACAGUGAACCUACAUUUGACAGAAAUUCAGGCUCAACGCAAGCACUACUAAACUUGAGACGAUGUCGGACUACCACAAGAAAAUGAUGAACUAUUUUGGCGCCGGUGGUGUCAUGUUAAACCUGUCCCUGGCAAGGGAGUUGGGCGUGGUGCAGAUGUUGGUGGAAGCCAAAGUCCCUCUCACAUCACAGCAGGUGGCUGACAAGCUGAACCUUAGAGAAAGGUAUGUGCGUGAGAUCCUGGGUUCACUCGCUGUCGGGGAGGUCAUCAGUGUGGACGACUCCUCCACCCAGUUCUAUGUUCCAGAUGACCGCAAGGGCACAUUCAAUGCAAUAUCUGUGUUUUCCAGAUUUUUGCCACAGUUUGGUUUGAGACAUGCCAGUAUCAAGGAAUGUGCUCAACAACGGAACCCUGGUGAAAUGGUCUACAGUCAAACCCCUGUGCUUUUUGAAACAUUGUCAGACGUUUUGGUCAUAGUCAAGAAAGAUAUGAUUGAUACAGACAUCCUGUCUGCCGUUCCUCUGGUGCUGCCAAAAUUAGAAUCCGGGAUAAAGGUUGCGGAAUUUGGCUGUGCAACAGGGAUCAUUUUAAACAAAUUAGCUUCGCGAUUCAAGAACAGCACCUUCCUUGGUUCUGAUGUAGCAAGCGAGCCAUUGGUUCAAGCCAGAAAGGAAGCAAACACACAAGGCCUUCAGAAUGUUAUUUAUGAUACAGUCAAUAUUGAAACCAUAUCUGAAACCUACAAGGAGAGGUUUGAUUGGAUACUAACCCGUCUAGUUAUUCAUGACUUAACAUAUCCACAGAAAGCCUUAAACGAGAUUUACCGGUGUCUGAAACCAGGGGGUAUUUUCAGCAUGAUUGAUGUGGGAAUAGAGGGAGGCAUAACUGGCAACAUUGCCAAUGGUUCAGCGAUGUUCUACUACUCGGCAAGCACUUUCUUCUGUAUUCCGGAAAGCUACCGCAAGCCUGACUCUGCAGUUCUUGGGUGUACAUGGGGAGCACCUUUGGCAAGAGAGAUGGUUGCUAAAGCUGGUUUCACCAUCAUAAACGAGUCUAUGAGUCGUACAGACGAGCAUGAGAUACACUUUGUCUGUCAGAAGUAGAUUUCCAUUGCAUUGUACAAUGUUUUUUUACCCAUGGGUAACCUUGACAUACAUCUGUAAAACUUUAAGCUAUUUAGAAGGAGUUUUGUUCCAGGAACGUUAUUUUAGAUAGAUCAUUGCAGCAUUUAAUGUGUCAGGAUAUCAUAAUUAUUUCAAAUCGUGUUAAAAGAUUAGGUUUUAAUAAUGUAUGUGAGGACCUGAUAGACAACGAGUCGGAUAUUCUUGUAACUCUGGGCAAUAAGCAUCUAAUAUCCUCAUGGAUGUCAACUUUUUACUCUCACUGUUGUUGGAUCUAUUAGGUAUGGCCACACGACUGUGCCAUAUUUUGUUCGUUACAAAUUACAAACAUCACAUGCCGAUUGAUCGCCUCAAUAUUGGUGAAUGUGUUCUUUGACUAAUACAUUCGCCAUUGAUGAAAUUCCAAAGUGAACGAACGAUGCUCCACAGCUUACAUUCCUUUUGCUUUAACUCUGUUCAUCGGCCAUGCACAGUGUAGAUGUGGCGCAAACUGUUAUAUGAGGUGUCAUUUGGUAUAGCAAUUUCCUUGUUAGAGUUGACGUCUUCAAGAAAAGUUUCAUCUGACAUGAAGAGAAACAUUAUAAAAUAUGAACAACUAUGUAAAUUUGCGAUCAGUAUUGUUUUUCAAAUACUUUCUCUUUUAACAUUGAGGUUGGAAGUAUAGACAGAUAUGGAAAAAGAAUCAACAUUUGAACAGUGCUUUUCAUAAAAUGCAACAAUGAAUGUAACAUUGUGUGACGUAAUCAGAAUUUCAUUUAUCAGAAUAAUUGAACAUGUUGGAGAUCUGAGAAAAGGUUUUAACAGGCCAAAAAUGCAAAGCUGCAAAAGCUUUACCUUGGAAGAUAUGAUAUGCAUAUAACAAGUUUCAUAUCCAGUUAAGAAAACAUAAACACUUUAAGAGUAAAUGUAACCAUACACUUUAGUGAGCAUUACAUAACUUUAUAUCCAUAUCAUUCAUUCAACUCUCUUGGUAGUUAUAUUUCAGUCAAGAGUGCUAGAAAUGCUUCCACCAAAUGUUUAACGAUGGAAUAAGUAAGCAGAUCUGAUGUUCUAACGCUCUCUUAUUGGUCAAUAUAUGGUCUGUAAACCAGCGUGAAUGCCCACAGCACACGUUACGCAAGGCAGGGGUGCAGUUGUAGAUUUGAAUUACUUAUGAGUACCCUCGCAUUUCUUCCUAAAAUUCAAAUCACUUCCGUCGAGUUGUUUCCAGUUAAGACGUGUUGACUGCCUGUCGACGCCCGCUACAGGGCAGCGAUUACAAAGCUGGAGCAUGGCUGAAAGUCAAAGGAGGUUUUGCUGAUGUGUGACUGAUACUGACUGUCUAUGUGAAGCUACGAACUACUUCGUUGUAUAUUCCUGUAUAUGUUUUACGCACUGCUGUUUGGAUUCGAAAUAUGCUUCCCUGUCAAACUCCUGUUAAUUCUGUUUUUUUAGAUC